GAGAUUCUACACCGACUCACCCAGCACAGCUUCCUGUGGCAUUUCCGUGCCUCGGCGUCGGCUCUGCUUCCGCUCUCCAUCUCUCUCGCGAGCUCCCCACGCUCGCCGCUACCAGCCCAGCCUCUGCACGGCCAGGCCACGGGCACGCCCGCGGGCCCUCCACCGCCUCUGCCCGCAAGCUCCCGAUGCUCGCCGCUACCGGCCCAGACGCCCCUGCGCAGCCAGGCCACGGCCGCGCCCAUGGAGACGCCGCCCGCCGCGGCGCCUGCCCCGCUCCCGCCGCCGGCAAGGCCGAGCACGCCGUCGUACACCGUGGAGUGCAUCUUCAGGGACUUCACCUGCCGCCGCGCCGCCCUCAUCCGCGCCCUCACCACAGAAUCGCAACAUGAUAAGCAUGUUCAUCUGUUUCUGCAACUUUGUGUGUUGAGGCGUAUUUCCAGAAGAAGAAAAGAUGAGAAGGCGUUCUCUCGUAAGUACAACGCAGGUACAGAGUCCCUGUACCUGUAUGGCAACAGUGAUGGGAAUUGGGAGCUGCGGCCGCCGAAGUUGCUCAUGCCACCUGGGCAGCCUGAUCCAAGAAUGUUCGGCAUUAAACUAGUCAGGGGCAACAUGAAACACCCAAAGUGGCUUGCAUAUAUUGCCACGCACUGUGAUGCAUGGCUUAUUCGGAUCUCCUUCUUCCUCGGUGCCAAUUUGGGGACUCAAGCAAGCAGAUCCCCAAUAAUAAAACUUGCCACAUUAGCACGCGUGGGCCCCCUAAGCUGGGCCGCCACCCCCGCCGCUCCGGUUCCCCGUCCUCCUGCUGCUCUACGCUGCCUUCUCCUUCCACGGCAGCACUUGUCCGCUUUGAUCAACAGUCUGCAAACUGUUCAUGAAGCUUUUGUCGCUAGUGACACAUAUCACCGCAUAUGUCAUCUAGAGAAAAUGAAUGUGGAGAUCGAGGAUGAAGAUGAAGGCUGUGGUACGGAGCCGACCGUCUGUGCAAGCUGUGGUAACCAUUACCGUAGGAAUGGGUUUUGGAUCUGUUGUGAUGAGUGUGAUCGUUGGUUUCAUGGUAAAUGUGUUAAGGUAACGGCUGCUCAAGCAGAGCAUAUAGGUCACUAUGAGUGCCCGGAGUGCUGCUCCGACAAGAAAGGGCAUGAUUACAAUGUGGACCCAUUGCUUUCUGUUCUGUAUAAGCGAUACUAGAUAUACCCUUGGGUCCCCAGUCGCGUAGAGCUAGUGGAUGUGAACUCUUCUAGGCUUCUGUCAUGCCAUAUGGAUUAUUGGACUAGUUGCUGAGAUAGCUGCGGACUUGUGUGGCUGUUGAUUUCACUCUAGAUUGCAUCAUGCCCUGAUUGUUCAGUCAUGAGCACUGGUGGUUAACUUCAAUGUUUCUGUACUAAACCUCUGUAAAUAUUGUCGAGACUUCUGAUCUCCUCCAUAUUUCCAUUGUUCAGUCUA